AUGUACAUGAUAUUUCCUGCAGGAAACCUGGUAAGACUUUCUCACUGAACUCUUUUUCUAAACAACUACAAUUGUUAUGUAUCCAUGUCGACAAAGUUUUGUAUUUUCUCUCUCUCAGCCCUAUGUGCCAGUCACAUAUGUGGCAGCAGUGAACACCCUGAACGCUCCCACUAAUGUUCAGCUGCAGCGACCACACCAUCAGCUCAGUGACGCUCAAGUCGCUCAGAGACUUAGAGAAACUCUCUGCUCCACCAUUGCUGAGCUCAAGACUCUAAAGGAGCAAAACAGAGCAUUGAAAGAGUCCAUCAGCAAACAAGAGAGCAAACAGGCUGAAAUGGAAAAAGAACAGGUGGACAUGAGCCAGGUUCACGAGAACACCCUGGACCUGCUCACACAGAGAGAAAGAGAGCUGACAAAGCUACAAGAGGAGCUGAGAAGAAAAGAUGACCUCCUCAUUAAAACGAGUCAAAUGGAGCAGGACAGAGAGAAGGAAAACAUGAAGACCUUGGACCUGCUGGCCCAAAGCGAGGCCAAAGUAGCUGACCUACAAGAGCAGCUCAAGAUCAAGACCGACUUCCUGGAAACCGCUGGUCAAAAGGAGAAGUCCAUGAUCAAGGUCCAUGUCGAGCAACUUUCUGCAAAGGAAACGGAGGUUCGAAAACUCCAAGAAGUGCUAAGCCAGAAGGAUGACCUGCUUAGAAGAGCCCAGAUAAGGGAGCAGGAUUCAAAAUGGGCUCAUCAAGACAUGAUUGACCUGCUGGAACAAAAAGAUUCAGAGUUGAGCAACAUCAAAGAAGAACUGAGGCUGAAAGAUGAGCUGGUCCAAAAGGCUGCCGGAAAACACCUGAACUCAUCCAAGGCCUAUGAAGACCAGCUGGCCGACAAAACCUCUGAAGUCUCCAGGCUUCAAGAAGACCUCAAGGUCAUGGGAGAGGUCCAGCGGAGAGUAGUCAAAAAGAGACGUGAGCGAACAAGAGCUUACAUUGCAACCCUGGACCUUCUCACCAAAAAGGACCUGGAGCUUCGGAGGAAUGAGGAGAACUGGAGUGAAAAAUACGACAAUCUGCAGAAGUGUCUCCAUGACCAGACUGUCAAUCUGCAGGUACUUGAGAACUCAGAUAUAUCACAGAUCAUCAAAAUAAUCACUUCUUUGAUUCUCUAGAGAAUAUUUUAAGGUUUCUGUUAAAUCAACUAACACACCAUUUCUUUCUCAGCUCCUCCAGGAGGAGAAGAGACACCUAAAGGAGGAGGAGAAGAUAAAAAAAGAAGAUGAGGAGAAGAUAGUUGAUAAAUACAAGGGGAAUCAGACUGAAAAACUGUCAGAUGAGGAGAAGAUACAGAAGGAGCAGAGCGAGCACGAGAAGAACAAGCUCAAUGAAAAGAGGAAAAAGAAAAGAGGACGACGGUGA